AUGGGUGCGCGCGGGCCUUGUUAUAUAUACCCCGGCUUCGCUUCUUCCACCUUCCCAUCCAUCCCACCUUCUUUCACCCGCAGCGGCAGCGCACACGCUUCGCUCGCCCUCACCGGACUGCCCUCGCUCGCCCCUUCUUCCAUCCACGCCCGGAGAUCCAGGCGGCGGCGGCUGUCCCCUCCCCACCCCCGGCGGCGCAGAUAUGGCCAAGGAUGCGAAGGCCAAGGGUCUAGGCACCAAGGACAGGCUGAAACUGGUGGAGGAGUAUACAAGACCCGCCCCUGCCAGAAGCCACUCUUCGAGGCGGCCACUACCCUUGGCCACUCCAAGUCCGUAUGUGAUGCUUACAAAGCAAAGAUGGAGAAGGAGGCCGCGAAGAAGGCCAAGAAGUCAGCAUCGUCUAAGUGAAGCUCCCUCGACUUCUUUCCGUAACCGUGCAAAGAACUUCGAAACCUCGUAUAUGUAGUGUCUGUAGUAACAGACUUGGCUCGAGAAGUUUGUAGUAACGCACCUGGUUCAAGUUGUUCGAGGCUGCAGUGAGUGAACUUUGAACAGCUCCUUCGUACUAUACAAGCUUU